GCGACGCGCGUACCGCAUCGGCGUCAAAGAGCGCGCGCGUCCGCUUCCGGGAGUAGAGGGUGAUCUCCUUACCUUGCGAUCUCUCGGCAAGCAGGUGGAAAAAUCGUCUCUUCGACCCUGGUGUAAACUCCCGCGAAGGCGAUUCCCCGUUUCCGCGUGAACCAGACCUCCCGCCAGAUUGGAGAACCUCCGUUGAAAAAGAGCGCACUGCGGAAAUAUGCGUGACGGAUCUCACGGUUGCUUACACGGUUGACACUGAUGGUGUUGGGAGGAUUAGGACGCAGGAUGUCGAGCGGCGAUAAGGCUUCACCAGGCCUAACCAUCGAUCGCGCCGCUUUUUUGCUUCUGAGAGUGAAGAAAGCUUUCAAAAAGAAAAAGCAGCAGCGAAAGGAAAAGAGCACUCCCGCCAUAGAAUGCAAACCCGAGAACAGAUCGACGGCACGAGGUCCCGGAGGACGACCAGCUCCACUUUUACGAUCCAGAACUCUACCGGCCAUUGUCGCGCCCGGUAUCAAUAUACUUCAAGCUCAAAUCGAUGCACGUUACAAUGCGGUAACAACGGGGAUAUCGGUCGUUCCACCCUCCAAUACGGACAAUACGACUUGCGCGAAGCGUGGAAGCACGGCUUCCCAAGGUACCAAGCUUCUUACGCCGAGAAUAUCCUUUACGGAUGACACGAUAGCACGCCGCGUCUCCGACUCCGGACCGGUGACCAGGGAAUCCUCCAAGGAACACUCGGCAAGAAGCGGCAGGUUAAGUACCUCCAGCAUCGGCGGUUCGCAACCACUCAACCGGCUUGCGAGACUCUUGAACCAGAGGCCGAGCUUCACCCCGAGCGAUGAAAUUCCACGGCGGCUCUCUUGGGAGAGACGAGAGUGCAGCACGACGAGUUCCUGUCUGCCAAGGAGCAGUUCGAUUGACAGCGUGGCGGAAUGGAGUUUGACAGGCGGAAUAGGAACUGUCGCUGGAAAUAACAGCAGCGUGAGUGCUGGUAGCAGUUAUGGCCUAUUUGUCGAGCAUCCACCCUUGAGAAGAAGUCCGAGCCCGCUGUUGGGAGCGAGAGGUGACAGACUGAGUCUAGUGUCGCCUAGUGUCGGCAGAAGAGUUAAAGGAUACAGAGCGGUAGUAGCUCUAUUUGCGGCUGUGGAACAUGGCCACUUGGAUAAAGCGAGGAGUAUUUUGGAAUCUACUGAUGUGGAUGUAAAUAGCGUUAAUAGCGACGGCUUGUCACCGCUGGAUGUUGCAGUACUUAGCAACAAUCGACCGCUGGCAAAAAUGCUGGUUGCAUUCGGCGCGCAGGAAGGAAAUCAAUUCAAGUCCCCGGAAUCUCUGGGAACUCACUUGGCGUCAUUGCUCUCGGAAGCGGAACACAGAGUUCAAGAACUCGGUGGCAGUACUUCCGGCAGCAGUGCAACCACUUUGCUGGAACCACCUAGCAUCCAUAGGGCCAGUUUCUCCACGCAACAUAACAACCUCACGGGAUGCAGCGGUAGCACGGAAGAUAAACAACUUGCCCUAUGGGAAAGAAGAGCCAGAGCCCUCAGAAAAAUGUUGCUGGGCUUCGAUCAAGCGCGACCACCUGACAUGCCAUUCUUAGUCGCUGUCGAUGUUACUGGAACGACGUCGGUAGCAAUUAGAUUUCAAGAACCAGACUCGCACGAUUCUCCGAUCUGCACCAAGUUUAAGGUUCAAUGGAGUUUGCACGAUGACUUUUCCGUGAUUUGCGGCGAGAGAGAGGUUUUGGACAUGAAGCAAAGAGAAUGUCGUAUCGAGGAUCUAACUCAAGGUCAAAAAUAUUAUUUCCGCGCUGCCGCGGGAAAUUUAAAGGGCUACAGCAGAUUUAGGAAUUCGACACCUGCGCAUGUCACCCCUAGCAGUUGGAGGGAUAUAGAUGGCAGAGUACCGAGGUUCGCGGGACGAUUAGAGCAAUUAAAUACAUUGUUCACCGAUAUAAGACGACCGGAGUAUACGCAAGAGACGCCGGCGGUUCAGAGGCGAACACAAAAGAAAACGGCGAUAAAACAACUCUUCACGGCGACAAGUAAAUUUCAGAAGAACCUCAGGCGAGGAGUAUUUCUCGCGUGUCUACUCUAUCACGAAGACAAAGUCCUCGUUACGAACGAGGACUUCUUACCCGUAAUCGAGAUCGACGAGACCUAUCCUAGUUGCAUUUACAAUGAUUUUCACUGGCUCAUGAAAGUCGCCUGUACCUGGGACGACGUUAAAUCCCUCCGACAAGAUAUGGAAAAGAGUCAUAGUAGUUCGACGAACCACUUUAGGAUAAAAUCACUUCAAGCUGCUGCUCAGAUGCAGGCUGCAUUAUGCAUACAAGAUCUCGGGCAGUUAUAUCACAAACCUAUCAGAGAUAUUCAAGGCACUUUGGUAUUUUCGACGGUGAAUUACAUAAAAUCACCAAAAUUGGUCUCCGUGCUAAAUAGCAGAUGGUUGCCGCUCAGCAAAGUCAUAAAGAAAGUCAUAACGCACGAAGAUAGUAACGUCGCCGAUAUCUUAAUGGCCAGUAUACAAGAGCAAAUGACAUAUCAUCAAGUCAGCAGUAUAAAAUUGUCCAAAGGUUUAUACCUCGGUUAUCUGAAAAUGCAGAGCAGCGUGGACCUCAUACAGGUCGUUGUCCCGACAAAAUUCCCAAAUGUGUUGCCGCACUGCAAGAUUCGCGAUAAUCCGCACGUAUCCGCGGACGAGUGGGACUAUCUGAAGAGAGUAACGCACAUCUGCACGUCCGAGUCUUCCGUAAAGGAGUCCGAGGAGAAGGAGAACGUGACGAACGAGGCUCAGGGCACGGAACAGCAGAAGCUGUUCGUCGAUCUGGUCGCCGCGACGGUACGACGACUGUUCAAUUACAUGGAGAUCGGUCCGGAGGAUCUGCUGGUGCACCGACUCUACGACGCCGAAGUAAUCGAUCUCACACCUGACGUAUCAUUUCUCAUCACGGUUCCGCCGGCUGAAACCGCUUGCUGUGUGCCUGGGACCCGAGAGAUCCUCCUACAACGCGGCGAUCUCCUGUCGUUGCCCAUUCAGGUCUUCGAGAUGGUGCACCUGAACACGUAUCAGAAAGACGUGAUCAACCGUUACUCGAGGCUUAGCUGCAUCUUGGAACUUGACACCGCACAGGCCCAGCAUAAUCACAGAGAGGCCUUCAGCUCGUUAGAGUUAAGCGUCGCGAAAGACAAACUCGCGAGGCUGCAAGAUCUCCAGUCGCAAAUGAAUACGGUAUGGAAAGGCGCCAGAUGGCUGAUCGACGUUAUAACUUUCGCGAGAGAUCGCGGUUCUUCUCAACAAAACAUCGCAUCACAAACAAUUGGUAUAUCUAUGAAACAUCUGCUCAGCCUGGACAGAAAUAAGAACAACACUAGCAACAACAACAGUUUAAAACGAAGCCUACUGCAAUUGCCGCCUAGAGAUCCUAAGCUCGUUAAAUCGAGCCCCGGACGAGGAAGCUGGCCGGGACCGAAUCUCUCCAAUUCGUCUUCAAAUCUUCUCACGACGGAAUUCAGCAAGAGCGAGCAACAGCUGCCCAGCGGACAGUACAUACGUAAGGGUAGCAACACUUCAAACGCGUCGACGACCUCGGAGCCGCAGAAAUCGUCGUGCGCGCCUAUGAGCAGCAACAGCAACCUGAGUAAUCUGACCGCGAGCAGCGCGAAUCAUCAUCUGAUGCCGCUGCCGAAUACGCGAUUACCGCCCUCCAAAUCCGAGGACACCCUCAUUCUGGCCCAGUACAAGCACAGCCCGCGAAAUCGCUCCGCCACGAUAACCUCCGCGUCAGCCAGCACUAGUCCGCUGAUGAGCAUCAAACCUAUCAUUUAUGGGGGCUCAAUGUUGAGCGUCUCUACGGCAAUGACGAACACCACGAGUCUACUCAGCGUCUCUGUGAGCAACACCAAUUCCGACAGUCUACAUUCGUUGAGCAGCGAGGACAACUCUGCGACGAAUUUGAGCGUAUGCUUGAAACCUGGGCUGCCGGUCAAAGUUAAAACGUCUAAACCGACCGCGAGUGUCGCGGCGAUGGCCGCCGUUCCGCAGGAUAAUCUAGACGAGGAGAAAGACGAGGCGACGAUGAUGCCGGCACCUCUGCCAGGCAUUCUUCAAGUUUACGCGGCCUACGAGACUGGUUUAGCAGCUGGUACCAGUUUAAAACUACACGUAACACCAAGGACCACGGCACGAGAAGUUGUGGAACUUGUUGUUAAACAAUUGAACAUGGCGGUGGUUCUAAAAGGUCAAAGUGGACCUACUUAUACGAUUGACGAGCUACCAAAUUUUUGCUUAGUUGCCGUAAUCGGUGCACGGGAGCGAUGCUUACGAGACGAUUUCAAGCCACUUCAGUUGCAAAACCCAUGGAAGAAAGGACGACUAUACGUUAGACAAAAACAGGACGUUCUCGCUGCUCUUGAGCACAGUAGUAAGCAUACCGCGUACUUAUAGCACAAAUAAAGCGUUAUCUAUAAGUGAGAAGAGAGAGAAAAGGGAGUAAUGAUCUAUAUUAUACCUAUUAUUGUAAAUUAAAUUUCGAUACAUUCAACACGCGUGCAUAAACUCGUGUAUGACGUUCCUCGAUAAUGAUUAUAAACGGAAUAUUUCACAUAAAGCAACUUACGUCGUACAUCUUCAACGGCACUACUGAUAAGAAAAAAAUAUUUCAAUAACUAACGGCUAUUAAAAAAAAAGUAUUUAAUCACAUAAUGUUCCCCAUAAGCCGCGAGAAAUAUUUUCUUUCAAUUUUUCUUCCAAUUUAUGAAUGAUUUAUUUACACUCUAAUACGUAUAACUGAAUUAUUUUAUGUGAAAAAAAUCAUAUAUUUACAAAAUUAUUUUAUUCACAUGAAAUACAAAGAAUUAUUGAAGAUAUUUAAAAAAAGUGAUAUUAGCAGCGAUAGAUCUAACAAGCUUCUUAAAGAUUGCUUCUUAAGAUAUAUCUCGACUUUCUCUUUAUUAUUUUUAAGAAAUAUUUUUUCGAAAAAAUAUUCUGAUUUCUUUUGUCGAUUAUUUUUUGGUAAAAAUAGAUAAUACUGUUAAAAAUAGAUUUGUUAAAUAAUUAUUGGAACGUUAAAAACACAAAAAAAUAUAAUUGAAUAUAACAUGAAAUGUAGCAACAAGUAAUGUAGGAGUAACUUGAAAGGAUCGUCACGAGUGUGAUAAACAUUUCUCUGAUCAAUGAAAUAGGAGUCUAUCCUAUUUUAGGCGACGUGUAUACAUUCCGAUUUUGGAAUUCGUAAAUUUUCAAACACGAUCUGUAAUAUUCUUCGAAUGUUAGCUAGUUUGUAAAGGAAUGAAUUAUACUCGAGACAUACUGUUAUAUUUUCUGUACCGAUCUCAAUGUUUUAUUCGAUAUAUACGGAUAUUGUCAAGAGUAUACGCAGAGUAUAAGCUGGUUGAGAGAUCUCAUUGUUCCUUAUAUCGUAGUUCGUUGUAUCUAAGUACGAUUCGUUGUUAAAUAUCGAAGAAGGGCCUUUUGGCGCAAAGAAAAUGCAAUAGGAUUAAAAAGUAUUUGGAUACUUUGAAUCAAUAAGGAUGACUAACUUUUUGAAGUCAGAAAGAGUGAAAGUUUUAUAUUUAUACUAUUAAAGUUAUAUAUGAAAUAUGCCUCUAAAAAAAUAUAUUUUAGGUUCUAAUAUAUGACAAAGUGUUAUUAUGAUAUAUUAUAUUUUCUUCUUAUGAUUAGAUUCGGUGUGUUACCAGGCUCUAACAAAAAAAAAUAAAAUAAAAUAAAAUCAAAAUUUAACAUAUAUACGA